ACAUUCCCAGUUUCUCAGCUGCGACGGCUGGUUGUCCUCACGAUUAGGAGCAGAUCAGCUGCAGACUAAAGUCGGUAGUCGAGUUUCAAAUUCGAGUCGGUUUUUGUUUUUGUAAACUCUGCGCGUAGUCCAGUUUUGUUUUGACUUGUGCUCGGCUGGCGUUUCGGUUUGCCUGGACGGAGCUGGGAUAGGGCAUCUGUACCCACCCCAAUACUCAAUCGAAGAAGAAUCGACGUAGAAAAAGGGAGUUGGCGAAACGGAUACAAAACUGAAGUUGGAUCGGUAAUCACCUGCCCGGCCAUAAACAACACAAGGGAGCACAGCCGCAUACGCAUACGCGUCUCUAAUGCCUUAUCAGUAGCAAGCAUCGUCGAGUGUCGUUGGAAGAGUCCGACAAAGGCCAACCUUUACCACUCAAUUUGGAUCUGAUGUGCCAUUCACGCGCUGUCUCGUAAAUUAAUGUCAUAAAUUAACUUUAGAUUUUUUCCGCUAACCGGUGGUCGGCAGCGGCUCGAAAACGUCUUUGCCCUCGAGAUACAGGGGCGGUCCCUAAUCGAAACCUGUCGCCGAGAUAAGUGUUUUAGUGAGUGUGUCACCCUAAGUUCCUUAUAUUACCUUAAUGCUUAAAAGAAAGUUAUAAAAUAAGCGGCAGAAAAUUUGUAGUGUGUGCAAUAAGAAAAGGCAAGCCAAUGGUGUCAAUCUUUAAGACAACGCUGAAGUGAUGCAUGUCUGCAAAGUUAUAGAUCACGUUGUGCGCACACUUAUUUUCGUCGGGCCAAACCGGUCAUCUUAUCGUGAGCAGUGUCAAGUGCCCCUUAACACAUUCAGGCCGGUUCUAGAGGAUUACCCAGAACCAACGUAGUACCGCAGCCCGUUUAAGAAGGCAUAACACUCGCAAAACACUAGGCAAAGCCCAAACAACGACAAACAUAACACGACCGACGGACAUCAUCCUUGGAAAUAGACCUCGUGUCAUUCCAAAAGACGCACAUGGGCGUCUGCACCGAGGAGCGCCCUGUGAUGCAUUGGCAGCAGAGCGCAAGAUUUCUUGGGCCCGGCGCAAGGGAGAAAAGUCCAACACCACCUGUAGCACAUCAAGGGAGCAAUCAAUGUGGCAGUGCUGCAGGUGCAAAUAACAAUCACCCAUUGUUUCGCGCUUGCUCCUCAUCCUCUUGUCCAGAUAUUUGUGAUCAUAGUACAAAGCCAUUUGGCAACGCUUACGGCACCGAAUCAUUUAGAAGCUACGAAACAGCCGAUCGUGCUACCUUCGAGGACGCUGCCGCCAAAUUCUCGAUCAGCCGCAGUCGAACAGACUGCACGGAGGUCAGCGACGAGACGACGUCGGGCAUAUCAUUCAAAACCGAACCCUUCGGACCGCCCAGCAGUCCCGAGUCUACAAACGAUAGCAAAAUAACGCGCAGCCUCGACGACUGCUCCGGCUGCGGACGGCAAAUACAGGAUCGCUUCUACCUCUCCGCUGUGGAAAAACGAUGGCAUGCAAGUUGCCUACAGUGCUACGCCUGUCGGCAGCCGCUGGAACGGGAAUCCUCAUGCUACUCACGUGACGGCAACAUUUAUUGCAAAAACGAUUAUUAUAGUUUUUUUGGUACUCGCCGGUGCUCGCGGUGCCUGGCAUCCAUCAGCUCAAACGAGCUGGUCAUGCGCGCCCGAAAUCUUGUCUUUCACGUCAACUGCUUUUGCUGCACUGUCUGCCACACGCCACUGACGAAGGGAGACCAGUACGGCAUCAUCGACGCCCUCAUAUACUGCAGGUCGCACUACAGCAUAGCGAGGGAAGGGGAUACCGCCUCAUCCAGUAUGAGCGCCACCUACCCGUACAGCGCGCAGUUCGGUUCGCCCCACAACGACUCCUCGAGCCCGCACUCGGACCCUAGUCGGAGCAUUGUUCCUACGGGCAUCUUUGUGCCCGCGUCCCACGUAAUCAACGGACUGCCGCAGCCGGCCCGUCAAAAGGGCAGACCCCGCAAGCGCAAGCCCAAGGACAUAGAGGCGUUCACCGCUAACAUAGAUCUCAACACUGAGUACGUGGACUUUGGCCGAGGCUCGCACCUAAGCUCUUCAUCGCGCACCAAACGAAUGCGCACCUCGUUUAAGCAUCACCAGCUGCGUACCAUGAAGUCCUACUUUGCCAUUAAUCAUAACCCAGAUGCGAAGGAUCUAAAACAAUUGUCGCAGAAAACUGGUUUACCAAAGAGGGUCCUACAGGUCUGGUUUCAAAAUGCAAGGGCCAAAUGGCGCCGCAUGAUGAUGAAGCAGGAUGGAAGCGGCUUACUAGAGAAGGGCGAAGGCGCUCUGGACCUCGACAGCAUCUCCGUGCACAGUCCUACGUCGUUUAUAUUGGGAGGACCCAACAGUACUCCGCCACUAAACUUGGACUAACGGAUGCUCAGGAAAAGCGAAAACAAAAUGAUAGUGUCAAAUAAACUAGGCACCUCCGACAUCAUACUUUCUUAUGCCAGUUUAUUCGCGUGCCUCAUUUAUAGUCACAGACCCAGUUUGAGUACUAGAUCCGGAGAUUUGUUUAGAUCAAGCGCAGCUAGCUCUUGAAUGCUAUGUGCUCGUCAAAUAGGAAUCAAUUUGAAAAGUAUGCCUUGUGUUCAAGUGUGGAGUGUUGAUUCAUGCAUAUGCACAACACCUCGGAAAGGAUUGACUAGCAAAUGGCUGGCAGUUCAAAUGCACAGAAAUGAUGUAUUUUUGUAUUUGCCUCUCAACCGUUGCCACCACUACAUGUCUCCUCCUUGUCCCCCAUGUUGUUUUUAUAGAUAUACCGUUCACUUGUAAAUAUGUAAUGUAAUCACUUUAUUUUAAACGACCCAUAUUAACCUGGCUACCCCUGUAUUUUGUAUUCUUUUAAAGCGCAGAAUAUCAAUUUGGUACAUUGGAAAUAUGAAUCAAAAGAAGGUGGAUUUUUUAAAGAUUACCAAUAUGUAAAGCUAUUAUAAUAACAUAACAAAUAAAACAGCACUUAGUUAAAUUACAAUUUGUUUUAACAUCAUUUUACUAGUUAUGUUAUCGGGAAGUAGAAUUUUUAAAACAUUUACAGAAAAAACGAAUCAAAAUAUGACUAAAUACGUAUAAAUUUUUUUUAAAUAUUUUCAAAUUAUAAUGUUCGAUCUUAUAAAAGCAAAACAGCAUUACCGUCUGAUUCGUCUGAAACCGCCAAUGAUUAUUACCCUGAUCCUUUAUGCAGAUAAACACCGAACACGCUUUUGUUCAGUGACACGACUACAGGAUACCAGUUGUAUUUUAAAAUACAUUUUCUGUUAAAUAUACAUCUGAGGACAGGUCAUGUCCUGCAUCAUAUGUAAUUCCCACUGGCAAUGUUGUUAACAAGCAUUCACCUUGUGGAUAGAUAAAAAAAUUCAGAUUUUAAUAUUGUAUUCAAGAAAGGAAGCGUGCCAUUUUUUUUGUAUACACAUAGGUAAAAAAAGUUUGACGCCCAUUUUAAAGUGCACAUGCGGUAGACGAAGAACGUAACACUCUCUUUUAAGCCAAAUUUAGUAUACUCCAAUGUUCUACGACAAACGGGCCGAUUGUGAGCUAUAGUAAGUUCAACUGCAGCUCCAUCUUUUUUUGAUUCAUAUAUGUAUAAUGGUGUGAGAGAAAACAUUUUAUGGCGUAUAUAGUUCAAGCUUACAUACUUAGAGUACAGUGCCCAGAACGCGCUUAAAAAUACCUAAAACGGGUUGUUAAAGAAGUCCCAUAUGUAUAAUUCUCUAGGUACAUGGAUAUUGUUAAUAUAUUAUUAUUUUUAUUUAAAGAACUCGCAAAACAAUAUGUAUGAAGAAAUGUGCGUAAAUCAGCGUACAAUGAAAUGCAGAUGCAUUCGUAUUAUAUAUAUGUAACUAAUAUUUAUUGCCCAAAUUGAAUAGUUAGAGACGAAUUUAGUUUAGAGCAGUCUAUACAAUAAAGUCCAUAUGUACAUGUAGUAUUACGUUAAAGUAAUAGCUUCGCUCAAGCAUACGACCAGGCUCGUAAGCUAUUAAUACGAAACUGUCAUUAUAUUCAAAUCACUAAACACUGAGAGAUUUGUACUUACAUAUAGUUAACUCAUAAGUCUAACCAUAGAAGCUUAAAUAAAACUUAUUCAAGCAACAA